AUGGCAUACACAGCUUACGACGUUGUUACCUACGCUGGGCUGCGACUUAUAGACGUCGUUGCCAUUCUCUUGAGCAAUAUAAUUUUGGCUGUGGGCUACGCCUUUGUCCAUUUCCCCAAUGCUUCUACUUUGGUGGUGGCGCUCUUGGCUGUUUACAUCAUCUAUAAGACGUUGAGAAGGAUUGUCAGGUUCUGGCUAAACAUGUUUAUCACUAUGGUUAAGCUAACGGUUUUCUCGGUGGUGAUAUUUGUCCUUUUGGCAGUUUACGUGCGUGGGUUCAACAGAUUUUUCACCAAGGACAUAUACUUUAUCAAGGAGCUUUUGGCCUCGAAGGCGGACGCUUCAGAUGAGGCUUUCAAGCAAUAUGCUUACAAGAUCAUGAACGACGAUAGAUUUGAGUUCUUGCAGGGAGCCAGGGAUUUCUUUGAGGGAAGCACUUUCCAUAUUGAUGAGUCUUAUGAGGGCCUGUUCGACAACAUAAGGGAGAAUCUCAACAGAGGGUUCCAGGAUGUUUUGGGCCAGGACGGUCUUCAGAACCUCAAUAACUUCUUGAACAAUUUUAAUAAUUAG